AUGGAGGACAAGACAAUUUUCCUAUCCCGCACUAUAGCUUUUGCAGCCGCCCACAAACUGAACAGCAAACAUCUGAGCAAAGAUGAAAACAGGAUCACCUUUGGGAAAUGCAAUCACAGCCACGGACACAAUUAUCAAGUGACGGUCACUAUACGUGGGAAGAUCAACCCCAUCAGCGGCAUGCUCAUGAACAUUUGCAAACUACAUGAAUACAUGGAGAUGGCCAUCACUGAGCCUCUUGAUCACAAGAACCUGGACGAGGACGUGGAUUACUUUGCCAACGUUACAAGCUCGACGGAGAAUUUAGCCAUGUACAUCUGGAACAGCAUGGAAAAAAUCCUUCCCUCAGGUUGCCUCUACAAAGUGAAGAUCUACGAGUCGGACAGGAACUUUGUUGUUUAUAAGGGGAACUAA